AUGUCAGAGGUUCCACCAGAAAGGUUUCGUAUCCCAUCCAUCAAGCUCUAUGAUGGAAGCACCGACCCCUAUGAUCACGUAGAACUUUUCUCCUCUCACAUGUUGGUGCAAUUGGGAUCUGACGCGAUGUGGUGCCGAGCAUUCUCGGCUACUUUGGGAGGUCAUGCCCGGACUUGGUACUCCUGCCUUCCCCAUCGUUCCAUCAACAGCUGGGAAGAGCUGAAGACCUAUUUCCUAGCCCAUUACGCUCACUUGAAGCGGCACUGGAAGUCUUCCAUGGCUCUGGUGAACAUUAAGCAAAAUCAGGGUGAAUCCUUAAGGGAUUUCGUGGCUAGGUUCAAUGAGGAGGCGUUGAGCAUUGACGAGUUUGAUCAGCGGAUCGCAAUGAUGGCUCUCCAAAAUGGCUUGAGGGCUGGACCAUUCGCUCAGUCCUUGGCCAAGACUCCACCUCGUACUUUUACAGAGGCCCUUACACGGGCUAACAAGUACAUCAACGCUGAAGAGGUGAUGAAGGUAAAGCGGGUUGAACAACCAGACAAGAAAGAAAGAGAAAAGGAGAAGAAAAAGCCGGUGGUGGAACAGAAGACGGACUAUCGCCCAUCCCGAGCUCCUGAUCGCCUAAGUUUUGGGGGUGCACAUGGAAACCUUGUGGGUUACAUUCCCCUCAAUGCUAGUCGAGCAGAGAUUCUCUUGGCACUAGAGGAUAAGAAUUGUUUGCGACGUCCUCCCCCGCUGAAGUCUCCACCUAACACUCGAAGCAAAAAGAAGUAUUGUCGCUUCCAUCGCGACCACGACCAUGAGACAGAGAACUGCAUCCAAUUAAAAGAAAAGAUACAGGAGCUUAUCAACCGGGGUUACCUCCAGGAUUUCGUUAGUCGAGGAGGUGUGAACUCAGGCAGGAUGGAAUCCCAGCCGGAGCAAAGAAGGAAGUCUCCUACUCUUCCAGGGCCUCACUCAACUGCUCCCAAGAGCGUGGUAAAAGAGAAGGUGGUCAUCGCGUUCUCCGAAGAGGAUCUUCCGAGCUACCCCAACUAUUCAGAUCCGUUGGUGAUCACUGCUCAAGUAGGAGAGUGGGAGAUGAGGCGAAUCCUCGUGGACCUGGGUAGCUCUUCGGAGAUUCUUUACAAGAGGGCAUUCCUAGGGAUGGGGUUCACUCUCGAUUAG